UUAGGGUUUUCCAGACCCGUUGAAACCCCUAAAAAAUCAAGACAAAGCUGCCUACAAGACAUUCCUUCUUGAACACAAUGCCUCCCUGGAUAUUAAUUCUCCAAGAGCUCCGAGCACCCUCAUGUCCACUGUCUGCACCAUAGGAGAAAAGUGUUGCGAAGAAGCUGUUCUGGAACAGAUGCUGGAGGCGGGUAUGAGGGCCGCGCGGUUCGACAUGAAGGACGGGGAUAGCAAGGAUCAGCUGCUUCUUCUUCGGAAGAUGAAGAAUUCUCUAACUGACAUAGCCUCCAAGCACAAGAGGGUCAUCCCUGUCGCCAUCAUAGGCGAUAUAAAAGGCCCACAAGUCCUCACUGGAAAGCUGUACAAGGCAGAAAAGAUAUUCUUAAAGAGAGGAGGUCUUAUUACCCUGACAACGCACCCUGGAUGGGAUCUUCGUGGAACCGCUGAAAAACUUUACAUAGAUCACAGAAACUUGCCUUUCAUCGUUAAGCCGAGGGAUAGAGUUUUCUUGGACUGUGGUCGCAUAGAGCUCACUGUCAGGGGAGCAGUUGACACAGAUAUUGUUUGUGAGAUCCAGAACGAUGGAGACAUUGGAGAAAAUCGUGACGUAUUUGUCCUAAAUGUUCCGUUUGAGCUGCCCGCUAUAACGGAGAAAGACAAAAAAGAUAUUUCCCUAUUAAUUGAAGAAGGGGUAGACGCCAUAUUUGCAUCUUCAAUAAUAAAUAAACACGGAGUUAGGGAUGUAAGAAAAGCCUUAGGCGAAAAAGGUAGAGGAGUUCUAAUCUUUACGAAAAUCGAAAGCAGGUUGGCGUUCGAUAAUUUUGAUGAAAUUAUCCUAGAAACUGACGGGAUAGUCGUGAACAGAGGAAAAUUAGGAAUCGAGAUGUCUGCCGAAAGGGUUCUACAAGCUCAGAAAACAAUGAUAGCCAAAGCGUUGAAAAAUGGUAAACCUAUCUUUUCUUACACUGAUUACCUAAACUCAAUGAUCCACCGAAACUGCCCGACUAUAGCCGAGUCUACCGAUGUGGUCAAUUCGGUCAUCGAUGGGCUUGAUGGUAUUAUACUACUUGAUGAAACAUCUAAAGGUGAUGACCCAGUGAUAGUUGUUAAAACGUUGUCAACCCUGGCGAGAGAGGCUGAAGCUCAGCUAUGGCAGUGGGAACUGUUCCGUUCCUUGGACAUACUUUCUUGUCCACCGUUGGACCCGGCACAUGCCAUCUGCAUCGCAGCAGUGAUGGCAGCAAUGAAGUGCCACGCCGCGGGGAUAAUGGUGGUCUCGACCUCUGGGAGGUCCGCACAGCUGGUGGCCCGCUACAAGCCCCGGUGCCCCAUCUUCGCCAUCACGAGGUACGGCAGCGUGGCCAGGCAGCUCAGCCUCUGGAGGGGAGUCUUCCCGGUCCAUUACAUAGCUGCACCUAAUCCCUGCUACGCCAGAGAUGUGGACCUCCGCAUUCAGUAUGCUAUAGAAAUAGGCAAGAUAAAGGGAACCAUCUUUCCGGGUGACCCUCUGGUACUGGUCAACGGCUGGAGACAAGGGUCUGGGUUUACCAACAACAUCAGGCUCGUUUACGUCUCUGCCAGGGAUCCUUGGGUCUAUCCCCACACUCCAGCCCCGCAAGGGAUGCACCAUCAAGUUCAAACCGACGCUUAA